UGCUUUACCAGAUAAAUAUACUGUGAAACUUUUUCUUAAUAGAUUAAGGAAGAAUAUCAUUCUUUCUGUAGUAUUUACUUAUCCUAAAAAUGUAGAUGAAGCUAUUAAAGCAGCUAAAUAUAUUGAGAGUGGUCAAUAUUAUAAACAACAAUCUCCUGUAUCAACUCAAAUAAGUGAAAGUAAUAAUGAUACAAAAGCUUGGAAUAAAAAGGAUAUUAUUUGUUACCAUUAUCAAGAAAAAGGACAUUAUUCAAAGGAAUGCAUAUCUGAAAAACCAGUGUAUCAAAGAAAAUCUAAUAAAAGAGAAGCUAGUUAUGUUAGAUUAGAAGUAGAAAGGAAAAGACAAUCUGAAUCCAGAAAAGAAUUAAUCUUGAGAAGCAGAAAUUCUAUUGAUGAAUUUAUGGAAGUAGAAACUCCACAAAUUAUUACCCCUACUCUAAAAAAGAAAGUCAAAUGA